UGAUGGUUAGGAUUUACCCACCAUGGUGUAUCCUUUUAAUCCUAAUUACCGGGGUCUACGGAACGUCUCCCCAGCCUCUCGCUCGAUGCUGUAAGCGAGGAGCGACCCGCCCCGGCUUGGCUGACGCAUGCAUUGCUCGCUUUGCCUGGCUUGCUCCUUCUCUCGCCUUUUUUGGAGAUGCAUUAUCGUUGCGGAUGGUGCUGCGCGGCCAUGUCGCUGCCUGGAGGAUGGUAUAGAUCGUUGUGUUCCAGCCCGUCGUUGUCCUGGCGAUUGACGCAGCAUGUGUAAGUGGCGUUUAUGCUGCAUGCAUAGUCGAUAGCGCUGCGGCUGCACUCGGGGAUUGGCUGUGGCGACCGAUCCCCCGGAAGCCUCAAAUGCGGAUGGUGCAACCGGAGCCACGCGCAAAGCUGCUCCUCGUGACCCCUUAUUUUAUGGAUGGCUUGGCUGGUUUCGGCUGCCCCUCGUUGUCGUGGUAGCCGAAUACAACACAACAACAUACCCGACCUAGGUUCAACCCCCGUAUGGUCCUAGUGGCCCAGGACUGGCUAUCCCGCUAUGGGUAAAUCAAGAACAUCGACCUACAAAAAAUGCAUGUUGCACCCUUCCGGUAUGUCAUUCCCGUUCCUGUAUGCUCCCUUCAUCUCGCUUCGCUCUCGUCCCCCUUUGUUUAGAAUCUAUCGUCGCUCUGGAACAAUUCGCGCUGCCGCACGCAAUCCACGCCUUCAUCUUCUCAUCGCACCUCUUCGACUAUCACCCUUCCCGCUCCUCCUUACGUUCUUGUUUGCCCCCUCCCCCCCAUUUCCACGCUUCCCCCUUCUUUCCUUUUUAUUCGUGUUGCUGUUCAAUAAGGCCAGCAUAGUUUAGCACACAACAUGUAAACUGUAUUUGGUAAAAACAAUAGUAAGGUGCGGGCAGGGGCGGAUUAACCAGUACGCUAACUAAGCGGCCGCAUGGGGCUUAGAGGAAAGGAAUCCCCCCCCCCCAUCGCUCAUAAGUAAAAUUGCUUCCCAAUUCGUUCUCUGGUUUAAAAUUCCUCAUACAACUUCUCGCUCGACAUAUCCGAAUGGCUUACAUUAGUGUGAUCGCUUAGGGUCUCCACUUGUGUUGAUCCGCCACUGGGUGCGGGUCAACCUACCGGGUAAGAACCAUCCGUAAACGAUCCCGAUCAUUUGGGUCGACUCGAACUCGAUGAUCCCACGAUUGUCGUCGUGGCUGUCGAACUACCUAGCGCUCCCGCUGACCACAUAUCAGCGCUCCGUGGAACUACGUAGUCGAUUGCAGCCCGUGGUCGAUAAGACCCCACAGCUCCCUGCCAUCUCCCUACUUUCUUUGUUGUACAGAUGAUCUUGCGUCCCCACGUGCCGAGGCCGAGCGCAACAACUCAAGCCCACAUCUUCCCGUACAAAAUUUCUUCUUCUUUGACGUAACGAGUAAUACUGUGGAACGGGCUGUAACGGCUUCUUUACCUUACUAAAACCACGUUAUCGGAUAAUCGGCUCUUGAUACCUGGAGAAUGGUCCGGAUGAGAAUAGAACUCGUCUGGCCUCGUAGGAACCGGUCUCAUCACAACAUGCGUUCAAUGAGUCGGGGCGCAUGUCGAAGAGAGCAGCAGAAUUAUGAGGAGAAACAAGGAGAAAGUGUUAUGGUGAAUAUUUUGCCUUAGUGAGCCAACCUGUAUGUAUCACGGCUCUCACUGAUGAGUGCACGCAUCUCGUGAGAUGCCGUUAGGUUCGGGCUUAUGACGUGAUCCCCGAAGGAUCACUCUCUCUCCGGCGCGCCUCCACAUAGGAUAGUGAAUAAAUGUUUUUAUAUGUGUAAACUUAUUCGCGUGCAUUCGUCCACCUCUUAUUUUAAAUACAUGACGACAGACCUUUAACAGUGGCGACGAGAAUUUGUUUUAAAAGUUUAGUGUCUGUAAAGUAAAAGUCUGUGUUUUAACGUGUAAGAGUGUUAAAAAAAAAACUCCAACAUCACGUCAAAGCGGCGCAGGAUGCAUAGCGGAGAUGGAGCGAUGGAAGUCCCGAUGGAUGAAGACCAGCGACGAUCAUCGUUAGGCCGUAUCGAUUACCGUGCAUUGACGGCCCAACAAACCGGUGAGGUUCCUUCCGUGUACGAUCCGCCGGCCCAUGUUCAACCUGGAUCGCGCGGCUACGUGAGUCAGCAAGGGCAGUUAACACCGAGGCCAGUGCAGCUAGGACCAUCGCCAUCGCAACCAGCGCCAUCGCAGUCAGCACCAUUGCCAUCCGUACAAAAUGGCCAGAUGGGUCAACAACCUCUGGAUAACGCCGUCCUGCACCAAACCUUGCACUUGCUGCAACAGCAAUUGCAGCAACAGCAACAGCAAUUGCAGCAACAGCAACAGUUAAUUUUGCAAAUGUUGCAACAGCAGCAAUUCGCGCCGCAAGCCCAGCAACAACCCGCACAGCAGUACCAGCCCGCCGUCCCUAGUAACCCAGAACUUAUACUCGAUGCUUUGGCCAAUAGCAUAGCAGAGUUCCGGUAUGAAGCUGAUUCUGGUGUUACGUUCGAAGCUUGGUUCACACGCUACGAGGACCUGUUUGCCAAAGACGCUUCGCGGCUAGGCGAUGAGGCUAAGGAAACCGUCGAUAAGCUGACAGCACUUUUUGGGUGUAGAGAAUCUCUCCUUAGUAAGCGCUACAGAUGCCUCCAGAUCUGUAAAAAGCGCACGGAAGAUUUGAUCGCGUUCUCCUGUCGGGUAAACCGAGCAUGCGUCGAGUUCCAGUUUGCGAGCAUGAACGAAGAGACCUUCAAGUGCCUAAUGCUGGUGUGUGGGCUCAAAGAUGAGGCUGACAAUGACCUGCGAACUAGACUCCUUGCGCGCAUAGAGGAGCGGAACGACGUUACGCUUGAACAAUUAUCCGCAGAGUGUCAGCGUAUUACAAGUGUGAAAGGAGACAGCGCUAUGAUUGCCGGAGAGACGAGUGAACGUGUUUUCGCAGUACACAGCGGAGAGAAGAGAUCGCACGAGAAAGCAGCGCAGCAAACUAAUUACAAGCGGUUCACGCCGUACCGUACCAAACGACCGUUCCGUGCAAAGUAUGCUGUGUGUUCAUCAACAAGCAAGCCAGCGAAGCCCUGUUGGUUGUGUGGUGACAUGCACUGGGUGCGUGAGUGCACUUACCGUUCGCACAAGUGUCUCGACUGUGCAAGAUAUGGUCAUCGUGAGGGGCACUGCAACACAGCGAGCAGAAAGAAGCGAUUCAAUGUUCGGCAACGGAAUAUCAACACUCGUGUAGUAACGGUCAACGUCCGAAGCAUACGAGAGCGCCGCAGAUUCGUGUCCAUCGCUCUCAACGGAACAGCUGUUCGAUUGCAGCUAGACACAGCCUCGGAUAUCAGUGUCAUCGACCGCCGUACGUGGAGAAAAAUUGGCAGCCCGCCGUUAACACCGUCAUCCGUCACAGCUAAAACUGCAUCGGGAGCGACAAUGGUAUUGGAUGGUGAAUUCAGCUGUGCUGUUAGUGUUGGUAGCCAGACGAGGCAGGCGACACUCAGCGUAUGCGGAGCAGCAAACCUACUACUACUGGGAGCCGAUUUGAUUGAUGUUUUCUCCCUCUGGUCGGUGCCGAUGGAUGCGUUCUGCAAUCACGUUGCAGUAGCAGGACAGCAAUCGUUCCAGCAGCUUUUUUCCAAGGUGUUUACGGGAACAGGACUCUGUACAAAGGCGAGUAUAAAAUUUACCUUGCGAGAUAAUGUUCGUCCUGUUUUUAGACCUAGCCGCCCAGUAGCUUACGCGAUGGAGGAAACCGUGAGUCGUGAGCUCGACCGUCUUGAGGAGUUGAAUGUCAUCACUCCUGUAACUACUGCAGAAUGGGCAGCUCCAGUGGUCGUCGUGCGCAAAGCCAACGGACUUGUUCGUAUUUGCGGCGACUAUUCGACGGUACUUAAUGCUGCGUUAUUCCCCCACGACUACCCGUUACCUGUACCAGAGGACAUUUUUGCAAGGCUGGCAAAUUGCAAGGUCUUUAGCAAAAUAGACCUGUCAGAUGCAUUUUUGCAAGUGGAAAUUGAUCCAGAAUACCGUCAUUUUUUGACCAUAAAUACGCAUCGAGGGCUCUAUACGUACAACCGACUUCCACCUGGCAUUAAGUUAGCUCCUACAGCCUUUUAGCAAUUGAUGGACAUA